UUUGCAAUAAUAAAUUGGUGCUGGUAAAUGAAAAGUCUUAACAUCUAACGUAUCUGAUCGAUGGGCUUCACGAACAAGUUCUCCAGGGUCUAUUACUUCAAGAACACAGUAUCAAUUAUGAGAUGCGUGUUAAAAUCUGCUCAAUCCUUGAGGUAGGAACUUGGAUCUUUUCGCUCUCAACUUGGUGGUAGUAAAUCACAACCGUCCAAUAAUAUCUAGAAGUUGCAAUUUAUCUGAUACAAGAAUCAAAGAGUAAUCCAGAUGAUGAGGAUGGAGCAAUAGCCUCUCAUGAGUCACGAGGCAGUUGUUAUUUCAUCAGGUUCAUGAAGAGCAGCUCAGCUAGACAACAGUAUGGGCCAACGCCAGAAGCGAAACAAACUCCUUCUUAAAGUUCAACUUUCAGUUUCUUAAGCUAAUAAAUAACAGCUAGCAAGGAGCUGAGGUUGCAAAACAUGUUUUAUUUAUUUGUUUGUUUGUUUUUUUUUUUUUUUCGUCUGUCUUGGAAAUAGAAGAGGUUUCUUGAAAGCCUUAGCCCCUGUACCCACAAGCUAUUGAAUUGCACCUUAAAUCUGUAACCACUCACCUUUUUCUAUCAGCCCAUUCCCUUCAACAAAGCCCUCUCUUCCUCUACUUAAAUGCCCCAAAACCAUACUCAUAUUCACUUGUCUCUCGCCAUUUUCCCAACUAGGACAGCAGAAACUAUAAUGGGUUUUUUGGGAGGAAGAGCAAUGGUGCUAGCUCAAGUAUUAGUACUGGGACUUCUUGGAGUUUCAGAAGGCCAAGGCCUUGUUCCUGGAGUAUUCAUCUUUGGUGACUCGGUGGUUGACGUCGGCAACAACAACCACCUUUACACUCUCGUGAAGGCCAACUUCCCUCCGUAUGGUAGAGAUUUUAACAGCCAUUCUCCAACCGGGAGGUUCUGCAAUGGAAAGCUGGCUACUGACUUCACUGUUGAGAACCUUGGGUUUACUACAUACCCACCAGCCUACCUCAGCCCACAGGCAACGGGGAACAACCUGCUCACAGGAGCAAAUUUUGCUUCUGGUGCCUCUGGAUACUUGGAUAGAACAGCAAACCUAUAUAGGGCGGUUUCACUGACUCAGCAGUUGCAAUACUAUAAGGAUUAUCAGUCGAAACUGAACACAAUAGCGCAGAGGGCGAAUGCUAAUUUUACCGAUAUCAUCUCAGGCUCAGUUUAUAUUAUAAGCGCGGGGAGCAGUGAUUAUGUGCAAAACUACUACAUCAAUCCCCUGCUUUAUAGGACCUAUACCCCAGACCAGUUUGCCGAUUUGCUUGUCCAGUCCUUCACGGCUUUUGCUCAGAACUUGUACAGCUUGGGAGCAAGGAAAAUGGGGGUGACAUCACUUCCACCACUAGGUUGCCUACCGGCAACAAUAACACUCUUCGGCGAAGGAAGCAACAACUGCGUUGCUCGCCUUAACAGAGACGCAGUCAACUUCAACAGGAAGCUUAAUGCAGCAGGCAAUGCCCUUAAGAGGGCACAUCCUGGGCUAAAGUUGGUUGUCUUUGACAUUUACAACCCCCUACUUGACCUCAUCAAAAACACUAGCGAUAAUGGAUUCUUUGAGGCAAGGAAGGCUUGUUGUGGGACCGGGACAAUCGAGACAUCUCUUCUAUGCAAUGAGAAAUCACCAGGGACUUGUGCUAAUGCCACGGGCUAUGUGUUUUGGGACAGCGUCCAUCCUUCGGAGGCUGCGAACAAAGUCCUGGCUGAUUCACUACUGUUGCAAGGGAUUGAUCUCAUCUCUUAAACCAAUGUGAUGUUCUUUUGGAUCUAUUAAUAUAGCUAUAUGUGGUGAGAGAUUACAUGAGUUACAGAAUUUGUUAAUGGUAGGUUUGUUCUGAGAGCUGAUUCUGGCGUGUGUACCAUUAGUAGUGGGUGCUUAGUGACGUUUGGGAUGAACGGAUUUAUCUAGAGCUAGAAUUCGAAACUUAUGAGGCUUGUUUUAAUAUUGGUUACAAAGUAGAGAUUGUGAUUGAAGUUGUUA